UGGAGCGCAACGUGGUUCAGUCUAGAGUAUCUGGACCGGACCGAGGCGGGCAGGAAGCACACUGACGAGGCGGAGGCGAUGGAGGACAACGAGGAGAGGAAGAAGGAUAAAAACUCCUCCAAGAGCGACAGGGUCACCCUAAAGAAAGAAAUCGGACUUUUGAGCGCCUGUGCCAUAAUCAUCGGAAACAUCAUCGGCUCUGGGAUUUUCAUCUCACCUAAAGGAGUGUUGGAGCAUGCCGGCUCAGUGGGGCUGUCGCUCAUCGUCUGGGUUUGUGGAGGGGGGAUCUGCGCCCUUGGGUCCAUGUGCUAUGCUGAGCUGGGUGUCACUAUCCCAAAGUCUGGAGGAGACUAUUCAUACGUGACAGAAAUCUUUGGAGGGCUGGUGGGCUUCCUGUUGUUAUGGAGUGCCGUCCUCAUCAUGUAUCCGACCACACUGGCUGUUAUUGCACUCACCUUUGCCAACUACGUCUUACAGCCGGCCUUCCCAAACUGCCUGCCUCCAUUCAUCGCCACCAGACUUCUCGCCACCAUCUGUAUCAUGUUCCUGACCUGGGUGAACUGCUCAAGUGUGCGCUGGGCCACCAGGAUACAAGAUGUUUUCACUGUAGGAAAACUUCUGGCUUUGUUUCUCAUCAUUGUGGUUGGACUUGUCCAGAUCUGUAGAGGUCACUAUGACGCCCUGCAGCCCAGCACAGCCUUCGAGUUCAGUCAGGACCCUGAAGUGGGACAGAUUGCACUGGCUUUCCUGCAGGCCUCCUUUGCCUACAGCGGCUGGAACUUCCUCAACUACGUCACAGAGGAGGUGGUGGAGCCACGCAAGAACCUGCCGCGUGCCAUCUACAUUUCCAUCCCACUAGUGACCCUCGUCUACACGAUGACCAACAUCGCCUACUUCUCCUCCAUGACUCCUGAGGAGCUGCUGGCCUCCAACGCCGUGGCAGUGACAUUCGGUGAGAAACUGCUGGGUAUGUUCUCCUGGGUGAUGCCGAUCUCUGUCGCUCUGUCCACCUUUGGAGGAAUCAACGGAUAUCUCUUCACCUCCUCCAGAUUGUGUUUCUCUGGAGCUAGAGAGGGUCACCUGCCCUACCUGCUGGCUAUGAUCCAUCUCAAGAACUGCACUCCAAUCCCAGCCCUGUUGGUCUGCUGCAUUGCCACCAUCAUCAUCUUAUGCAUCGGAGAGACACACAACCUGAUAAACUACGUUUCAUUUAUCAACUACUUGUCCUAUGGGGUAACCAUCGCCGGCCUCCUCUACCUCCGCAAGAAGAGACCCAACCUGGCCAGACCCAUCAAGGUAAACUUGUUAAUCCCCAUCAGCUAUAUGAUAUUCUGGGUAGUGCUGCUGUGCUUCAGUUUGUACUCUGAACCAGUGGUGUGUGGCCUGGGAAUGGUCAUCAUGCUGACUGGAGUCCCAGUUUACUUUGUGGGCGUACGGUGGAAGGACAAACCCAAAUGGGUCUACAGGAUAGUAGAAAAAGUCACAUACAUGGGCCAGAAGCUGUGUUAUGUGGUAUUUCCUCAGGAAGACCCUUCAGAGACUGAACCCCUCACUGCCUCCAAAGCCACUGAUUGAUCAGUGCAGCCAACCAGGAAUUCCAGUUUUACAUUAGCGUCUGUACUUCCAUUUUGUGUAACUGAUGUUCACAUGGUUUGGUCAGUUUUUGAACAGUUAAGGGAUAGUUUUGUCCAUGUUCCUGCACAGUGUAAAAGAAUCGGAUGGUUCUAACUGGGCUGUCAGUUUGUUACGCCCUAAAGCUGUGCAAUGUGAUUUUAUUAUAUUUGUUGGUUUGGUUGUACCGUCUUUUCAUUGUUGUCAUCUGUAUGCAACGUUUUUUCAUCUUCAUCUCGUCUUCUGCUUACUCAAGGAAUCUGUCUCGUUCUGCUCUGUUUCCAAGAUAUGCUUCUUUUAUAAUUUAACUAAAUCCUUGAGCUAAUGUGCCUUAUGAAAUGUAUAUGUUGGUAAAGUGUUUUUGUUUUUUGCGGGUAUUUUGAUGGCAUGAUAACUUUUAUGAAGUCAAUAUGCAAGCAGACUCUGCAAUUAGCAAUACUUGUUUAUUACUGCUGCUACUUUCAGCUGUUUCACUAAUUACUCAUAUGUUGUUUACCUUUGUGGAUGAAUAUCUCUGCACGUCUCUGCCUGGUUAUGAUAUCUUUGUUUUCUCUAAAGUUUACACCCCUGUUCUGUCAUUUUAUUGUCAUAUCAAGACUCUCUUGACAAGCUGUAGGUGCCUUCCCGCUACUCUUACAGGGAUUAUCUACAUGACACUCAACACCAGCAAUAUGCACAGCACAGGAGACACAGGAGGAGCUGUCAUUUGGACAAAAUAUGGACUCUUAGAAAUAUAUAAGCUGCAUGAUCAUAAGGCAUUGUCAGGAGGUUCUUCAGGUUGUAAAUGUUCACAUGUUUCUGGUCUUUUAAGUUUGGGAAAUGUUCUCAUCUUUGGGAGUGCCACUGUGAACUGUUUCAGAGUGCUUGACCUGCUACGACAGUAAAUUUCUCAUCUGAUGUUAUGUUCCACUAAGUAUCAUCACCAGGUUGUUGGAUAACUUCUGAAUCCAAACUGACAGACAGGUGGCUGGCAGUGGAUGUUAACUUCUAAAUAGGCUGUCUGUCACUGUAUUAAAGUCCAAGUACCACUACAGUCACUAGCUGCCACCCUGUGGUACUACUGACAUCAUGUACUUGAAUCUAUUAUAGUCCAAUUGACUUACUAUGGACUUUCUGUGCCUAAUAUAUCAAAAUGAUUUUGUCAACUGGGCCAUAAUAAUCAUAAAGUUCCCAAACUAUAAUUGCUAAAAGGAUUUUCUCAAGUUGUGGUACCUUAUCAGAACAUGAUACAUCACUGUGGUCAAGGAGAUUUUCAUGUUUACAUGUAUGUAGGUAAGCUUUCAUAGCACUUGUCUAAGCUGUUUAUGUUGUAACAGACCUUAUGAGGUGUGGGCCAGUGGCUUUUUUAACAUUAAGAAAACCAGCAUGUUGGAGCUUCUAUUCAACAUUUUAUCCUUCUCAAAGCCAGCAGGUUGUAGGAAUUUCUCUGUUAUCGUAUCCACAAAAAGAAAUGUACACUUUAAAACAGUAUGUAUGACUUUCUGCCAUGUCCUGGGCUGUUGACACAGCUGAGAUCUGUAAAUACUAUGUAAAGAAAAACAAACUGUUACAAGUGCACCAGACUCCUACAAAGACCACAUUCCUCAGACAUGUUACAUACUGUACAAUUGAUGGGUGUACCUCUGUGUUUUGUAAAAGAGUGUGAAGUUGUAAAAGAAUAACAAUGUAAUUGCUUAUUAAAUAUAGCAACUUUAAGAAAAAUCUUUUUGUUCA